CACUUGUAGUAAAUCACCUCCGGUUGCAAAAAAACAUCAUCAACCCUCUCCGGCGAGAUCUAGCUUUCCGAUCACCAUCUCCGGUCACAGACAGUCACUACUCAAAACACACACACAAAAGUCAAUUCUCCUGUUCAAUUCACCAAACAAACAUCACUUAUAAGUGUUUCACUCACAGUUAAGGAUCUGGCGUUCGAAGGAUGGGAUUUUGCAUAAGUCCGUUAGACUCUCCGGCGAGAUUGCUAUGGAGCACUAGCUUCUUCCGCCAUAAGAUCAUGAUUUUUUAAUAGAUAAUCAUUUCGGUUGUAUACGAUUAUGUGUAUAACUGUAUAAAUUAAUUUGAUAGUAUUACGCGAACUCUGACCUAGGGUUUGUGAUUGUUUAUAAGGUGAUAUAUACGUGUAUCCGGUAACUGUUGUAGAUCAGUGAUAGUAUUAAUAGUUUCGGACGAAUUGAAGCGUUUUUGUUAUGGAAUCUGGUCGUCUGUUCUUCGGAUCUAAUAGUAGCAACAUGCUUUUCAAUGGAGACAACUAUUUUCGAGGAACGAGCAUGGCGUUUAACAUGGAGGAAUCUUCGAAGAAGAGGCCGUUUUUGAGCUCAUUCGAUGACAUAUUGGAAGAAGAAUACUACGACGAGCAAUUGACAGAGAAGAAACGGCGUCUCAGCCCUGAGCAGGUACACAUGCUGGAGAUGAGUUUUGAGGAGGAGAACAAGCUGGAGCCAGAGAGGAAGACCGAGCUGGCUAAGAAGCUAGGGUUGCAGCCAAGACAGGUGGCGGUUUGGUUCCAGAACCGUCGUGCACGGUGUAAGACUAAGACACUUGAAAGGGAUUACAAUCGCCUCAAGUCUUGUUAUGAUAGCUUGACGGCUGAUUAUGAGUCCAUCGUCAAGGAAAACGAAAAGCUCAAAGCUGAGGUUGUUUCCUUGACUGAGAAGAUGCAGUCAAAGGAGGUGUCGGAAACCUCAGCCGUCGGUCAAGGCUCCGGCUCAGCCGUUGAGGAAGGCGGAGAUGUGGCAGUUCCAUCAGACAAUGUAAAAGUGGAGGACCACUUUAGUACGGGUAGUGGUGGAAGUGCAGUGGUUGAUGAUCAUGAAGGCCCACAACUUGUGGACAGUGGUGAUUCGUAUUUCCCUGAUGAUGAUUACCCUCAUGAAUAUGUAGUACCUGUGGAUCAGUCUGAAGAAGAUGACGGCAGUGAUGAUGGGCAGAACCGUUUUCGAUACACGUUUGAAGCUGCGGAUCAUGUGGAAGACAAUGGGCUAGGCUGGUGGGUUUGGUCCUAGAGUUGUUGUAUGUUCUUCUAUUUAAAGCUGUUAAUUCUACUUUGGAGCUUAAAAAUGAGACCCAAGUACAAUAAUGAUAUGAUCUUUUGAUGUCAUUCCAUGGA